AUGAAACGAACUAGCGAUGGCCAUCCUAUCAUAAUGAUGCAUCGAUGGAAACGAGCACCCUCGUCGUGCCAAGCUUGCCGCGAGAAGAAACGCCGCUGUGAUCGGACCCAGCCAUGUUCGAAUUGCAUGCAAAGGAGUAUCCCAUGCGAAUAUCCUGGGGAGAAUCCCGAGAGCUCGGAGCGAGAUGGUUCUCAAGUACUAGGCAUGGCUAGCUCGGGCCAAUCGAUGACUGCCCAGUCCCAUGCCCCUGCUACUGUGCAAACAACAGCUCCUGAUGACAAUCUUUUGAACAGAAUACAAAAACUCGAAGAGACUGUGUAUGGGAGAUCCAAUGCAGUUCGAGAAUUGAGCAGGGGAAUCUCGACAACGCUAAGAUCUCAUGCAAACACACCAUCCAUGCCGAGACUAUUUACCCCCUUCGCCUUGCAUCAUCAGUCGUUGCAAGAUGAUCAACCCGGCAUUCCCAAAGAACAGGCCGACAUGACUGAAGAAAUAAAGCAACUCCCCCCAAUAGGGCAAGCCAGGCAUAUGUUCGACCAUUUUGUUAAAACUCUUCAGCCGACAUUUGGAAUCUUGCAUAUACCAUCUACUCGAUCAAUAAUGGAACAGACGUACCAAGGCAUGCUCGAUGGUGAACAACCCAUGCCCACAAAUUUAAUGCUGCUGUUCAGCAUCUUCUCCGGAGCAGCCCUGGUAUGGUCGCCUCGGCUUCUGGAGAAUUUGAAUGCCACCCAAGACGAAGCAAGAGCGGCCUUCAAUAAUUACUGCCGGUUGGCUAUCUCCAUUUUGGAACAUCCGCUUGAGCCUGUGCAGCCAUCAACUACUGCCAUAGUGGCAAUUGCUACUCUCGCUCAUUUGCUGGCCAAUACAGUUGGAUACUCGGUCAAGAUUGGUCUGCUGCAAACCCGGUGUUUUUUGAUGACUCAAGCGCUGCAGAUUCAUCGCUUAGACACUGCGCAAGCCCAGGAAGAGCGAAGAGUCAAAGGUCCGAUAAUUUUGGAGGUCGGAUCGAUGGCUGACUAUCGCAGGCUCUCUUCCUUCUCUGGCCGGGCACAUGAAGGCACAUAUAUGUUCCAACCAAGGCACAUGAGAGUGAACUAUCCAAGCAACACCGACGAUGAGCUGCUUACGGCCAUUGGGAUUCAGCAGGAUCUCCCAUCGUCAGUUCCGACAGCAAUGUCAGGACCUCUUCAGCGAAUAAGGCUGGCGACGCUCUGCCGCGAAAUGGUUGAUGCCCUACCCUCGAUCCUGCUAGAUACUCAAGAACCCGAAUACGAGGUGAUACUCGCACUGGACAAGAAAUGUCAUGAAUGCUUCGAAAAAAUGCCAGACUUCUACCAAAUGAACUCUGAGAGCAUUCAAAGAAAUCAAGACAUCUGCAAAGAGCGACCAUACAUCACCUGGCAGCGAAUCAACUUUCACUUCAGCGUUCAUACACGGCUCUGCCGAUUACAUCGACACUACCAUCUUGAGGGCAUGACGAACCCCAAGUAUGCCUAUUCUCACAGCGCAUGCAUUCGCUCAGCCCAGGCCGUGUUGGAACUCAGACGUGCAAUGGAUGACAUCGACCCCGAAGAUGGAGGCUAUCCCGCGCGUUUCUGGCGAGUCGCCCAGCACGUCUUUCUCGCAGCGCUUAUCCUAGCAACGGAUGUCUCAUUCAACCCCAAUGCACCAGACGCCGAGGCUCGCAAGACCAAGGUCCUUGCAGCCUACAAGACCUUGGAGAAAUCCAAACAAGAGUCCGGAUCACUGAUCGAGGGCGUACAGAGAAAUAUGCAGACUCUCAUGUCAACGCUUCAAAAACAACAACCACGCAUAUCCACGUCGCAACCUAGAUAUCUAACAGGGAUGAAGCAGCUAUCUGUGGCGGCUCGCGAAACAGGGCUGAACAGCACGCUGACUAGUGGACCCGGUGAACUAUCCACGACCAAUGAAGUGGACCAGAGCUUGCAGAUGCAGUCUGGAUGCACACCAAGUGGAGGCUUGACAGAUGACAUUGGGGAGGAAGGUUGGCAGCAGCUCUGGUCCGACUUUGUGGCUGUCGCGCCAGAUCUAGACGUCCCACAGUGGAACUCCUUGUUGAACGAUAUCGAUUUUGGCUCAGGCUGGCUGGACGGCCCUGUAUAA